GAGACGAGAGACCAGCGGUACCAUAUAGAGUAUACGUUCCAGGAGCGAAAGACGAGUCAGCGACGUCGCGGGUGUAGAGUUACUGAAUAACAAACACAAACUACCGAUAAAUUGUAGUGGGCCCUAAAAGAUAUUCAAUAAUUUCGAGUGACAUUCGCCACAAAUCAAUCGAUCGUUCGAUUUAAAACCUGAUUUGUAGAGUUUCGGAUCUGCAAGUGUGUGUUUUGUUGUGUGCCUGUAAGCCAUGGGUUCUGGGCGAGCGAGCGAGAUAGAGCGAGUACAUUGAUUUGAUUCGAAUUCAAUUACAAAAUUCAUUGAGUGUCAAUUACAACCGCAAAGCGAACCUCACGCAAAAAUCAGAGGAGGAGAUUCCGAGAUCGAGAGAUCAAUUCGAGAUCCAGAUUCACAUCCAGAGCCAUAAAUCAUGCCUGCGACAUUGAUGUUGCUGCCGUGCAUGUUGCUGUUGCUGCUGACCGCCGUUGCCGUUGCUGUCGGCGGCACGCGACUGCCGCUGGAGGUGUUCGAGAUCACGCCGACCACAUCCACGGCGGACAAGCACAAGAGCCUGGAGUACACCGUCUACGAUGCCAAAGAUAUUUCAGCAGCGGCAGUCACAGCAGCAACUAGUACAGUGAAGCCCGCUGUCGCUGAACAACUGACCGUUGUGAGCAUUUCCUCCGCGGCGCUCGAAGAGAAGGAGAAGGACCUCGCCGAAUCGCGGCGACAUGCGCGACAAAUGUUGCAGAAACAGCAGCAACAUCGCAGCAGCAGCAGUAGCAACAUCAUCGGCAAACACGGCGCCGAACGGGAUCUGCGCAUCCUUUACCAAGUGGGGGACUCUGAGGAUGAUUUGCCCAUCUGUGCCCCGAAUGCGGUCUGUUCCAAGAUCGAUCUGUACGAAACUCCCUGGAUUGAGCGCCAGUGUCGCUGUCCCGAAUCGAAUCGCAUGCCCAACAAUGUGAUCAUCCAUCAUCACGGUCAUCCGUCGGGAUCUUCAGAUUCUCCGAAGUACAGGAACUACUACGAAAGGGAGAAGAUGAUGCAGCACAAGCGAAUGCUUUUGGGUGAAUUCCAGGAUAAGAAAUUCGAGAGUCUGCACAUGAAGAAGCUAAUGCAGAAAUUGGGCGCCGUCUACGAGGAUGAUUUGGAUCGUCUGGAUCAAUCGCCGGAUUAUAAUGAUGCCCUGCCAUAUGCGGAGGUGCAGGAUAAUGAAUUUCCACGCGGAUCGGCGCACAUGCGACACUCGGGACAUCGGGGAUUGAAGGAGUCGCCGAACACAUUCAUUGGCGGCUGUCCCAGUAGUUUGGGCGUGGAAGAUGGUCACACUAUUGCCGAUAAGACCAGACACUAUAAAAUGUGCCAGCCGGUGCAUAAGUUGCCAGUUUGCAAGCAUUUUCGGGACUACACUUGGACUUUGACAACGGCAGCCGAGUUAAAUGUGACGGAGCAGAUAGUCCACUGUCGGUGUCCCCGGAACUCGGUGACCUAUCUCACCAAGAGGGAACCUAUCGGCAAUGGUAGUCCAGGCUACAGAUAUCUUUUCGCCUGCUCUCCUCUGACGCGCCUUCGCUGUCAGCGGAAGCAACCGUGCAAAUUAUUCACGGUGCGAAAGCGUCAGGAGUUCCUCGACGAGGUCAACAUCAACUCGCUGUGCCAGUGCCCCAAAGGUCACCGAUGUCCCAGUCAUCACACGCAGUCCGGCGUGAUAGCCGGCGAGAGUUUUCUGGAGGACAACAUACAGACAUAUUCCGGUUACUGCAUGGCCAACGACUGAGGGGCCUCUUCACCACCACGGGGAUCAUUCCACACAUCAACACAAAACACUAAAAACACUUUGUAAAGGAGGAUUGAGAAUGAGCGGAGGAGCAGCUACUAUAUUAGAUAUCGACUGAGCCAAUUGAGUCUCGCCAAGUUACCAACUAAUGAGAAGGGAAAAACGAACAAAUACAAGCUUAGAACUUAAAGUGCACUUCCACACACACACACACAAAUCAUUUUCAAGUUUUAAAAAGGAGCGUGUUUCUUUUGCUACCAAAUUUUGGUCAUAAAACGUAUGAUAUAAAUAUUUAAUUAGUUUUAAGCAUCGAUAUGUGCGCAGUUUGUUAUACAAAUAAUUUGUAAUGAAUAUUUAUGAAAACAAGAGCAAAACCUGCAACGAAGGAGGGCCAGACCUUCCCUUAUGUAAUAUAGCAACAAACUAUACUCGUAAUCUAACCCGCAUAAAUUGUAUAUAUUUUAAUAUAUGUAUAACUAAAAAAAAAAAAAAAAAACAGUUUCAGUUAUAA